AUGGAAAAAUUUGAGUUGGUUUCGGGCUAUACGCCGCAAGGAGAUCAGCCGCAAGCAAUCCAGAUGCUUACGGAAGAUUUUCUGCGGAAGGGAAACGACCUUCAAACGUUGUUGGGCGUUACAGGUUCGGGAAAAACCUUCACGAUGGCGCACGUCAUCGCAAAUUUGCAACGUCCUACGUUAGUUAUCUCGCACAACAAAACCCUUGCCGCACAGUUAUAUAGCGAGUUCCGAGAAUUCUUCCCAAACAACGCUGUCCACUACUUUGUCAGCUACUACGAUUACUAUCAGCCUGAAGCAUAUCUGCCGACUACAGAUACCUACAUUGAAAAAGACAUACAGAUUAACGAGGAGAUCGAUCGGCUGCGUCUCGCCUCAACUGCCUCGCUGCUCACCCGCCGUGACGUUAUCAUCGUUGCGAGUGUUUCCUGCAUCUACGGCAUUGGAUCCCCCAAGGAGUACGAUGGCCAACGAGUUGAGGUGAACCGUGGGGACAUCAUCAAAAGGAAUAAACUCCUACGUGCGUUUGUGGAUAUUCGAUAUGAGCGAAAUGACAUCGAUUUUUCGCGUGGGAGUUUUCGUGCACGCGGCGAUGUGAUCGAGGUUUUUCCUGCGUAUGCGAAUACCGCCUACCGAGUAGAACUUUUCGGCGACGAAGUCGAGCGGAUCACCGAGAUUGAUACACUAACGGGCGAGAUUUUGACGGAACAUGAGGCAAUCACACUCUUCCCUGCUAGGCACUUCAUGACAGACGCUGAGCGAUUUGAACAGGCAUUGCUGGACAUCGAAACCGAGCUGCAAGAUCAGAUCGAUUACUUCGUUGCCAACAAUAAAUUGUUGGAAGCCCAGCGGAUUGAACAGCGAACCCGGUUUGAUCUUGAAAUGAUGCGGGAAGUUGGCUACUGUCAGGGCAUUGAGAACUAUUCGCGCCAUUUCUCAGGGCUAGCCCCCGGCGAACCGCCCUACUGUUUACUCAACUACUUUUCUGAUGACUAUUUCAUGAUCAUUGACGAAUCUCAUGUAACCUUGCCCCAAAUUCGUGGGAUGUAUCGAGGAGACCGCGCCCGCAAGUUGACAUUGGUGGACUACGGCUUCCGCCUGCCAUCCGCUUUGGACAACCGUCCGCUCCAGUUUGAGGAGUUUGAAUCGUAUCUCCAUCGAGCGGUGUUUGUUUCCGCGACGCCGGGACCUUAUGAACUUGAGCAAAGUACGCAAGUGGUCGAACAGAUUAUUCGUCCCACAGGCUUAAUUGAUCCAAAGAUUUCCGUCUGCCCGGUCGAAGGGCAAAUCGAUCAUCUCAUUGGGGUUAUCAAUGGACGGGUUGCUCAAAGGCAGCGUGUCCUUGUUACAACCCUCACCAAGCGCAUGGCUGAAGAUUUGACCGAUUAUCUCACCGAAGCUGGUAUCAAAGCCGAAUAUCUCCAUUCAGACGUUGAUACCUUAGAUCGGACACGAAUCUUAAAAGAACUCCGGCAGGGGAACUUUGAUGUUCUUGUCGGGAUUAACCUCCUCCGCGAGGGGUUAGAUCUGCCAGAGGUGUCGUUGGUCGCUAUUCUUGAUGCGGACCGGGCGGGCUUUCUCCGAUCUGAAACGUCGUUAAUCCAGACCGCGGGUCGUGCUGCUCGAAAUCUUGACGGCGAGGUAAUCUUGUAUGCCGAUGAAAUGACCGAUGCCAUCCGCAGUGCUAUCAGCGAAACGGAACGACGCCGCGAAAUUCAGAUGGCUUAUAACGAAACGCACGGCAUCACGCCAGCGACAAUCGACAAGGAAAUUCGUGAUCUCAUCGGUGAACUUGCUGCGGAUGAUGAGGGACCCGCGGAUUCUCUGGGAGUCGAAACUUCGGAGGCAACAUCUGAGGACGAGAUCCACGCCUUGAUUACCGAUCUCACGAAGCAGAUGCAGGAGGCAGCGGCGAAUCUAGAGUUUGAAAAAGCGGCGACUUUGCGGGAUGGGAUUGAGGAGCUGAAGCGGGAACUUUGA